UGGAAGCGAAACGGUAAGUGUUUUAUCUUUUUGGUCAAAAUUGUUUAAUUAUCAAUAUAAUUAUGAAUUUUAGGGUACGCGUUACAAACCGUAAACAGUUCGAGUUCCUUGUUAACAGGAUGGAGGCUAAUCCGAAGUUAGCAAAAGGUCUCAAAUUUUGUGAGGCAACCGGAAUUUCUUCCAACACCUUCACCAGUAUUUGGCAUGAUUUGACGGUCGGAUUGAAUAGUCUGGGUCCUCCGACCAGGACAGUCAAAGAUUGGCAAAAGGUUUGGACCGACUACAAAUUGAAAAUUAAAAAUAAACUGGCUCAUAACAAACGUGAAGUCAACGCCACUGGUGGUGGGCCAAAUUCAAUGAAAAUUUUGUCCCCUACGGAAGAGACAGUCGUAAAACUGUUGUCUCUGGACAAAAUGGUAAACCACUCCGUUCCAGCAUUUGGAUUACCGCGUCAAGUAGGAUCUGCGCAGACUUCUCAGGAUACUGACCAGCUUCAUCACAUUUCGUCCCCGCCAGGAUCUCCGCUGCUGUCAAGUACAUUGGCAGACGAGAACGAACCAAUCGACGAGAUAAUUAGGGAGGAGCGGGAGAAUGAGGCCAGCAACCAGCAAAAUGCCAGCAGCUCUCGCAGUUCAAAACGUAAGCAUGGGGCGAUGAACGAUGUUCGUGAAGAGUUACUUACACGACAGACCGAGUAUUUGAAGCAAAUUGUUGAAAAUACCACAGAGUGUGCUCGUUAUGCUCGAAAAGCAUUCAAACUACGAGAGGAAGAAUCGAAAUACCGGCGCGCGUAUUUACUACAAAAACAAAAGGAUCGGCAGUCUGACUUGGAGCUUAAAAUUGAGCUGCUAAAGUACAAGAAGCAAAAAUUGGAAAUUCUCGAGCGUAGAGAGAAAAGGAAGUAGUGGUUUGUAUAACGGUUCAAUGAAUAAAAUGCACAUGAAUAAAAUCUGAAAUUAAAUUUGAAAAGAAAACUGUAUGUUUUUUCAACCCUUAUUUAGUAAACGCAAACAACAUUAUUUCUUAUUUGAUUUUGGUGAAAUUUACAACUGAUUAUAAAAAUCUCAUAGUUUCAUA